CAAGGGAUUGGUUUGCAAAUUUCCUGCAGUGGACAUUAAUGUGGAGCACCAGGGUGGGAAAGUCCCCACCCUCCUUCAAAAUAACCCUCCCACAAUGGGAUGCACCAUUAACACUGAGCCUCCCACAGUACAGCACAACGUCAGCAUUUACACUCUCCCACAACUAACCCCAUCAUUAUCACCCCUCCCUCAGCAGUAUGUCCUCCCUCUAAAUACCCGCUCAGCACCCUACCCUUCCUCUGUAAAACCCCCUCAGUACCAAUCUCUCUCACUACCACCCUUCUGUCAUUACCACCCAUCCUCACUCCCCCCCAUCCUGUAGUACUGGCCCCUUCCACACCGCAAAUCUCCCCCAGCACCACAUUAACAACUAAACCCUCCUUUCCACGGUCUGUCUCAAACUCAUAACUUUCUGAAUACAAAGAACACAGAACAGUAUAGUACAGGAACAGACCCUUUGGCCCACAAUUUUGCUAUUUCAAGUUUAUUUUUAUUCAUUGAGAACCUAUGCAGGUGCAACAUUCACAGUGCAUGGCUCAGAUUCAAAUUCAUUUAUUUAUCAUUAUUAUUUCCAGCGCCUGCAUAACAUGUCCACGUUUGCCCUCUGUACGUGAGCAGGUAUGAAUGGAUGUCUGUGUCUGUACUUGUCGUGUCGCUCAUUCAACACAGUUCAGAUGGAUCCUGUACGUCAACAGUGUGGGCACACACAUCCGCUGCCAGCCAUGUGGCCUCCAGGACGUGAUGGUGGGUUUGUGUAGGUUCGCGGGGAUGUGAGGGGACACGCCCCUUUCAGCCCUGUGUUACACCGAGCCAUGCUCUUCUCUCCGGCUGUUUACCGUGUUUCUGAUCCCACCCAUGUGUGGAAACGGCCGUAACUCCUUCCCACUGAGCACUUGCGGAAACAACGUUCGUUACCCGGGACUGCAGCGCGUCUAGUGGACAAUCGCGGAACUGCAUGGGUUCAGCAGCUCCCCGGAAGUGAAAGUACAGUACCCUGAAUCUGCAAGGAGCGGGAGUUAACAUGGCUUCGAAAGGACAGGUCGAGAGUUUAACCGAGGAGGUAAUUUGUCCCAUCUGCCUGGAUUUCUUCACCGAUCCGGUUAUACUGGAAUGUGGACACAACUUCUGCCGCUCCUGUAUCACACGGUGUUGGGAAAGGGAGGAGAGAAACUCCUGCCCAGAAUGUAGAGAGGAGAUUGCAGACCGCACCCUCAGGGUCAAUCGGGCCUUAGCAAAUCUGUCUGAGAAAGCUCGAAAACUAAACCUGAACCCGAAAGAGAAGGAAAAUAAACUUCACUGCGAGAAACACGGGAAAGAACUAACGCUGUUUUGUGAGACAGACGGGAAACUGAUCUGCCUGAUCUGUAGAGAUGCGCGGGAGCACAAGUCUCACAACUUCUUGCCGAUUAAAGAAGCCACUGAAGUUUACAAGGAUCGGGUUAAAUCUUCCUUCGACUUUCUCACAAAAAGGAAAUCAGACCUAGAGGAAAUGGAGAAGGAACAGAAAGAGAAGAUUUCCGGAGUUCGGGAACAGUCACAAACCCUUCAGUUCCAUGUCAAUGUGCAGUUUGUUGAACUGCACCAGAUUCUCACUGAGAAAGGGCAGCGCAAACUGAGAGAGCUCAGGGAAGAAGAGGAGAGAAUUCUAAAUCCAAUGGAGAAAAAUCUUCAAAAGAUACAAGCAAAUUUAAAUUCUAUUCAGGACGAAAUCUCAAGGUUACAGGAACAGAUGGAUCAAAAAGAGAGUGCGAUAUUUCUCAAGGAGGAAGCUCGUCAGAAGAACAGAAUUAGUGAUCAUUAUCAACAAUUGUCAGUGACAGAUGUUGCCCUGCCAGUCGAAAAAUUUGAUCAUCCCUAUUUGUUGAGCACAACGUUGAGAGAAACACUUGAUUCCAUUAAUCAAGUCUCUGUCACCCUGGAUGUGGAAACAGCGCAUCCGGCGCUCGAGGUGUCUGAGGAUCGGAAGAGUGUGAGACGGACUGAGACCCGGAGGAAUCUCCUUGGCACCGCGACGAGGUUCACAAACUGGGUUUCUGUGCUGGGAUCGGAGGGAUUCAUAUCGGGGAGACGUUACUGGGAGGUGGAGGUGACGGCGAAUCGGUGGUGGGAUCUGGGAGUCGCCGCAGAGCCUGUGGAGAGGAAGGGACGGGUCACACAGAGUCCGGAGACCGGAUUUUGGAUCAUCAGGCGGGUUGAUCACGUGAUGUGGGUUUUCACCUCCCCUGAGUCCCAUCUCCUUGACUGUCCCAUCCCCGGGAGGGUAGGAGUUUAUCUCAGUUACGAGUCAGGGACAGUUUCAUUUUACAACGCGGAGACCAAGUCCCAUCUCCACACCUUCACAGGGAACAAAUUCAUGGGGAAACUUUAUCCUUUCUUCGGGAUUGGAUAUGAAUACCAGUGGCUGAGAAUCUGCUCCGGUUCCGCUCCGGGUCUGUAAACGGGUCGGGUCCCGGGACCGGCGUCAGGAGUAAGUCAGUGUAAAUAUAAAUGUGCGGAGAGUGAAAUAAGCACGAUAUGAGGAUUAUCGAUCCAUUAAUUUUAACUCGUUCACCGCAUCUGUCAACGGAACAAAAACACUGCAGAUUCAGCAGCAACGCUUAAAAUGCUGGAGGAACUCAGCAGGCCAGGCAGCAUCUAUUGAAAAGAGUGAACAGUCGAUGUUUUGCACCGGGACGCUUCAUCAGGACUGGAGAAAAAGAGAUGACGUCACGAUAAGAAGGUGGGGGAGGCGAGGAAUAAAUACAAGGCAGAGGUGAUAGGUGAAACGUGAAAGGAGAGAGGGGUGAAGUAAAGAGCUGGGACGUUGAUUGGUGAAAGAGAUAAAGGGCUUGAGAAGUGGGAAUCUGAUAGGAAAGGACAAGUGGCUGUGGAAGAAAGGGAAAGGAGGAGCACCAGAGGGAGGUGAUGUGCAGGGGUUAGGAGUUAAGUUGAGAGAGGAAAAUGGGAAUGGAGACGUGGAGGGAGUGGCAUUAUCCGAAGUUCGAGAACUUGAUGUUCCUGCCAUCAGGUUUAAGGCUACUAAGAUGGAAUAUAAGCUUUUGCUCUUCCAACCUGAGUGUGUUCGCAUCGGGAUAGCAGAGGAGGCCAUGGCCUGACAUUUUGGAAUGGGAACGGGAAGUGGAAUUAAAAUGCAUGGCCACUAGGAGAUCCCGCUUUUUCUGGCAGAUGGAUCGUAAGUGCUUGGUGAAGCGGUCUCCCAAUCUACUUUGGGUCUCACCGAUAUACAGGAGGCCACUCCAGGAGCACCAGACACAGUAGAUGACCCAAACAGACUUGCAGGUGAAGUGUCGCCUCACCUGGAAGGGCUGUUUGGGGCCCUGAAUGGUAGUGAGGGAGGAGGUGUAGAGGUAGGUGUAGCACUUGUUCUGUUAGCAAGGAUAGUGCCAGGAGGAACAAAUGAACAAGGGGGUAUUGUAGGGAGAGAUCACUGUGGAAAACAGAAAGUUGGGGGGCGCAGGGUGGUGGGAGAGAAAGAUAUGCUUGGUAGUGGGAUCCCGUUGGAGAUGGUGAAAGUUACAGAGGAUUAUGCGCUGGAUGUGGAGGCUAGUGUGGUGGUAGACGAGGACACAAGAAACCCCAUCCCUGGUGGGAUGGUGGGAGGGUGGGGUGAGGGCAGACGUGCCUGAAAUGGAAGAGAUGUGGGUGAGGGGAAAGUUGGUGGUGGAGGAAGGGAAGCCCCUUUCCUUGAAGGAGGACAUCUCCUUAGUACUGGAAUGAAAACCCUCAUCCUGAGAACAGACGCUGUAGAGAAAUAGGAAUUGAGAGAAGGGGAUGGUGUUUUAGAAGUAACAAGGUGGGAAAAGGUAUAGUCCAGGUAGCUGUGAGAAUCACGGUGAUAGAGGGGGAGCGGCUAUAGGAAGUUUGAGUAUUCGAUGUUCAUGUCGCCAGUUUGCAGGCUGUCCUGGCGGAGUGUGAGGAGAUAUUCCUCUAAUUUAUGAAACAAGUAGAGAAGGAAUCUCUAUGUUGAAUCAGAUGUUUGGUUUUGGACCCUUUCUAUACCCAGGAAAUACAUAAGAAACACAGCAGGCCUGUCAGGAUCUGUGAAGAACAGAUUUCAUGUUCCUCAGCAGUGACCUCUCCCAGAAUUGAUUCAAAUGCUACCUGUCUUGCUGUGAAUUGCAAGCAUUUUCUGUUUUGUUUUCAUUCUUCAAGCAUCUGAUUUAAGAAAAAAAAUGGGUGUGCAGCCUUAUUUCUUCCUGAAGGGGCUGAUAGGAGAGGAGAGUGGACCACUAGCGAAAUCAAUGUUCAGGUUGGAGACUACCCAGACAGAAUAUGGGGUGUCGUUUCUUUGACCUUAAUGUGUCCUCAUCAUGGCAAUAGAGAAGGCCAUGAUGGAAUGGGAAUGGGAAGUUGAAUUGAAGUGGGUGGUCAUCAAGAAAUCCUGCCGAGUGGACAAAGUGGAGGUGAGUGACAAAGCGCCCUUCCGUUUACAUUGGAUCUCACCAAUACAGGUGGGGCCGCAGUGGGAGCACUGGAUACAGUGGCUGGCUCUGACAAACUCACCACCAUUCAUGACCCUAAACACCUGGAAGUACUGUUUUGGGACCUGAAUGGUGGCUGAGGGAGGACAUGCCAGACAGGUGUAGCAAUUGCCCAGCUUGCAGGGAUAAGUGCCAGGAUGGAAGUCAUUGGGGAGGGAUGGGAGGACAAGGGAGUCAAAGAGAGAACAAUCCCUAUGGAAAGUGGAGGAAAAGAUCCCUACGGAAAUUUGAUGUUCUCCAAUGUUCCCUCUAGGGUGUGCGCUUGCAUGCGCACACACACACACCUUUUGCUACCAUUGCACAAAGGAAUUUAACCUGCACACAAUAGGUUGACACUCUCUAUCUCAUUGGCAUGUUAAGUAUAUUUGAUGAUUGUACACAAUCACGUUUCUUUCUGGCUUCUAAAAUGGAUGGUGUUGACAACAUGAAGUUUGCAAUGAUUUGUCUGCAGAUUUAAAAACUGGCUUAUUAAUACUGUUUUUGUAGAAGAAAUUAUUAAUUCACUAUGUUGAAUUCCAAAGAAGCAAAGUGCGUGAAGUGCAAAAGAACUGCUAGUUCAUUUAAAGCAGUAUUGCUUAAUGAAACAGUAGAAACGGCUACACCGAAAGCUCAUGAGGUCAGGAACAGGCAGCGAUGAAAAAUAUUUAAGUACAAUAUGGAAAGUGGUGUUAGCUGUGUGUAUUAUCACAAUCCAAAAGUUGCUGGAAAUUUGCAAGUGGGAAGAAGUGGAAAACUUGACUUUUGAAAGCGUCGUUUAGUAAACAAAUCACAUAUGGACGAUGUGCAAAAGUUACAGUGAUUAAAAUCCUACAGGCCUGCUACACAAGUUUCAUGAGAGUGCAGAUGAGCGAGAGUGAAAACAAUCAAACCCAGAGGUGAAAGUUGCACAGCAAAAGAUUUUUGCACAUUCUGAUCUUUACAAAUUAGACGGAACACUGAUGUUCUCCCUUUGUGUAAAUGUUUAUGGCAGUUGGGUGGCACAUAUGCAUAACUGUUAGAGAAACCGCUUUACAGCACAGACAGGAGUUCGAUUCCUGGGCCCUCUGGUUAUCAGAGAGCUAUAGUUAGGCUCAGUGAGACAUGGGUAUGCUAUUUUGACACUGGAAGCUUGAGGGCUGACCUCAGCACAAUCCUCCGACAGACUAUGUUGGUUGCUGAUGCAGAACAAUGCCUUUCACUUCAUGUUUCCAUACUUCAUGUACAUGUGACAA